UAUGCACCAUCUCUAGCUAUCUCUUUCUCUUUCUUUUUUCCCUUGAAACUCUAACUCCAGACAAGAAAAAUGCUUGGAUCUAUAUUGUUUUUGAUAGUUAUGCUGGAGAAAGUGAUAGCCAUGGAUUUGGACUUGUCACCACAGUAUCCCCAGAAUAAAAUAUUUGAAGGAGAAGCUGGAUCAUACGAGGCUUGGUCAAGCUCAGAAUUGGCUGAGCUAAAGCUUGGGGGAUCAAAGCUUGUGCUCCAUCCUCGUGGCUUCUGUCUUCCCCACUAUGCAGAUUCCUCCAAAAUUGUUUAUGUUCUUCAAGGUACUGAAGGAAUAGUGGGAGUGGUGCUUCCUAAUUCUUCAGAAGAGGUAGUGCUGAAGCUUAAGAAAGGAGACGUAAUAGCAGUGCCUCUGGGAACACUCUCAUGGUGGUAUAAUAAUGGAGAUUCUGAACUUGUUAUUGUUUUCUUUGGAGAAACUUCCAAAUCUUACGUUCCUGGAGAUUUCACCUACUUCUUUCUAUCUGGAGGUAUAGGAAUAAUGGCAGGAUUCUCAUCUGAAUUCACUCGUCGAGCUUACAAUCUCAAGGACCAGGAAGAAGCAGACAAGCUCGCUGGAAGCCAAACUGGUGUGUUGAUCACCAAGAUAGAAGAAGGAAUUAGCAUGCCUCAACCUGACAACGAGUUCCUGCACAAAAUGGUUUACAACAUCGACGCUGCAUCAGCUGAUGUUGAGGUUCAAAUGGGCGGUGUCUUUAAGACACUAACAUCAUCUAAAUUGCCGUUGCUUGAGCAAGCAGGGCUAAGUGUAAGUCAAGUGAAACUGGAGGCUAAUGCCAUGUACUCGCCCACGUACACUUGCAAUGGAGCAGCUCGAGUUGUUUACGUUGUUGAAGGGAGUGGAAGUGUAGAAAUUGUGGGUAUUUAUGGUCAGCGAGUUGUGGAUACCAACACAGAGGCUGGCCAAAUGUUUUUAGUGCCAAAAUUCUUCGCUGUUGCUGAAAUUGCAGACAGUGAAGGGCUGGAGUUUCUCUCUGUCUUAACUUCUACAGAGUAACCAAUAAUAUUACUUGUCACUAAUUAUAAUUUGUAGUAAAAUCUUUGAAUAUUGAUUAUAUAAUUUUCUUGCAGGCCAUGCGUUGAGGAGCUUGCGACGAAGAACUCAGUAUGGAAUGCCAUUUCUCCUGUAGUU